AUGCCCGAGUUCAGCUACACGAUCGUGGGCCCGGCGACGAUCUACAGCCAACACCCGAUCGAGGCCGAGGCUGCUGGCCGUCGCCGCGUCAGGCAAGAGGCGACUGCCGGACCCAGCGACAGCACCAAGAAGACCGUCGCCUUUGCCCGCGACUGCGCCUUGGCGUUCGCCAAGGACUGCAUGGAGAUGAACCACCGGGCGCUGGCGUCGACCAAGCCGUCACCGAGCGUGCACUUUGACGACACGUCGCGGCAGUACUCGGUGCACGCAAUGCUUGAGCUCCAUGCGUCACUCACCGACGUCCUCGACGUGUUUGCACAGGCGACGCCGGCCGCCGACCCGUUCUUGGCCCGCGUCUUUGACGGCGCGCUCGAGAUGCGCGAAGUCACGAGCUACCCGCGCGCCGCGUCGUCUCGUGAAGUCGAGAUCAGUGCCACGAGCCUCAAGCGCGUGCGCUUCAACGCGCGCGUCUUCAAGAAGGAGCUCGUGUGCCUCGAGCACAUUGAGACGUUGACGCCGACGUCGAUUGUGCGCUACUUCGAGUCGGUCGACGACUCGGUCGGUCACGAUGACUUGCCACGCCACCACCGGCUCACGUUUGGCUACUACUUUGAAAAAGUGUCGCGCUCCAACCGGUUACGCUUGACGUUUUACGGCAGCCACGUGCUGUCGUCGACCCAAGCUGCCAUUAACCUCGGGGCGGACGAGACGUGCCGGUUUCUCACCAAGCUCGGCGACUCGAUCUCGCUACUGACCAAAAUCGUGCUGCGGCGCCGGCUCGCGCUCGAGCUGCCGCAGUCGCAUCGGAUUCAGAUGGACGCGCCACCGCCAUUGCCCGCGAUAGCAAACGCGUCAGCGUGCACGCAUUGCAGGAAGACGUUCCGCCUCUUCCGCAAAGCCAACGAGUGCCAACUCUGCCACGGCAACGUCUGCGCCAAGUGCUGCCGCCACGAAGAGAUCGAGACCGCCGAUGGCCUCGUCACGCGCGUGCACGUGUGCCACGUGUGCUUCAAGCAAGUCCAAGACAAGUACGCCCAACAAGUCGCGACCAAACCGCGGUCGCAGUCGCGCCAGAACGACGAGAAAAAAACCAUCAGAGGUAGUUCCAAUGCAGUCGUUGCGAUGUGCCGGUGCGGCCGGCCGUCGGCGGGCGCCUGCGGCUCGUGCGCUGCGCCGUGCUGUGCUCACUGCUCGGUGCGCGACCCGGUUCCCGUCGGUGGCGGCAACGUGCUCGAUCUGCAGCUCUGCCAUGCGUGUGCGCUGCGGCACCGGGCGCAGACGACCGCGGUCGCGCGGUAUUCGGACCCGAUCAUUCUCCACGACGAGGCGCCAUCGCUGGCGCACAAUACGGAGCUCAUGCGCACCGUGAGCUUGACUGAAAAGAAAGCAUCGACCUCCAAGCAGCGGUACCUGCGCCAGAACAAGCCCGUGAUGCUCUUCGACCCGGCCGACCUGCCGCUAUUGCCCGAGCUCGACGAGCCGGCCCGCGCGUCGCACGGCUCGUCGUCCAACAACACCAAGCUGGACGAUGGACUGCGCGCAUCGCAAGGCUCGUCCAACCACAGUCGCCGGAACUCACUGCCGCCACCCGCACCGACACCCAUGUACCCAACCACCACCAGCGCUCCGCUCGUUGCCACGCCAGUAGCCGCCAUACCGACGGUUACCACGCCGGUAGCCACAACGCCGGUCGUCGUCACCGAGGCGGAAGAGACUUUGGUCGACCAGAUUCGGCACUUUGCUUGCCUCGACGUUGGCACCAACGACGUCCACGACGAGCUGUGCCGCAUUGCAACUGCCGACAUGGACUGUACAAAUGCGUACGUUACGCUGAUCUACCAAGGGUCCUAUAUCCUCAAGGGUGCAUUUGGCGCAUCGGUGCCGGCGCAGGUGCCGUCCGACUGUGCGUUGACGGCGGCGACGCUAGCCAACAACGACGACCUCUUGGUGGUGCCCGAUGCCUCGGCCGACGUCCGUUUCCAGAGUUCGCCUCGUGUCACCGGAAAAGAGCGAAUUCGAUUCUACUGUGGUCUACCGAUCGUGACCAUGGACGGCCUCGUGCUGGGAACAGUGGCUGUCGCCGAUGCCGCACCGCGUCUGCGCAUGCCAUCGGCGCACUUGUCAGCGAUGCAGGCGUUCCAAAGCGCGGUUGUGGAGCUCAUCGAGUCGCGGCUCCAAGCCGCGCUAGAAACCAACGACUAAGUUGAGACAAUAGAGAGUGCCUGUAGAGAAGGCGACACCCC